GUAGGUGCUAUUAUUCUUUAUUUACAUGCAGUUGUUUUAAACUUUCUAAUCCUAAGGUUGUUAAGAAACGUGACCGUAUUAAAUAUACUUAUCACGUUCAAGGUUUUCUAUUUUAAAUUAGUUUGAGGAAAAAGUAUAAUACCUAGACCUACUUUACAUAAAAUACAUUCAAGUAAUGUUCACAUACAGUAUUAACUAGUGCGUCAAACGAUUCUAAACAUGAAUAUUUCAAUCAACAAAAAAAUGUUAAGUUUUGCUGGUGUUUUGGUGCUUCUGACAAUCGGAAUAGUGACAAUAGUGAUUGCAACUCCUACAGCAUUUACAACAGCGAAGUGUCAGGCCAACGACCGCGGGCCUGAUUCUUGUACACCUGUUGUAAUCGCGCACCGAGGCGCUAGCGGUUAUGUGCCCGAACACACUCUAGGCUCCUAUGCACUCGCAAUCACUAUGGGUGCGGAUUACAUUGAACCUGACCUAGUUAUGACUAAGGAUGGACAGCUGAUAUCGAGACACGAUAAUGAGUUAGGCUUGACAACAAAUGUCGCCAGCCACACCGAGUUCGCUGAUCGAUACCGAACACAAACAGUUGAUAGUAACGAAGUGAGCGGUUGGUUUACUGAAGAUUUUACGUUAGCUGAAAUCAAAACCUUAAGAGCGAUCGAAAGAAUCCCGGACAUAAGACCAGGCAACGCUAGAAUGGACGAAGCUUUCCAAGUACUAACCUUUCAGGAAAUAAUUGAUCUAGUAAAAAGCUUACAAAUAAGUCAACGUCGUACUAUCGGUAUUUAUCCAGAGAUUAAACAUAGUAGUCACUUCAAAAAUUUAGGAUUACCGAUGGAGCAGCUGGUCGUUAACACUUUUCAUCGCAACGGCUACCUAGAUUCUGAUGCUCCUGUUUAUAUUCAAUCCUUUGAAAUAAGUAACUUGAAAGAAUUAAAGAAAAUGACGAAUCUUAGACUGUUGCAGCUCUAUGACAGUAAAUCCCUACAGCCAGCUGACCAAGUUUUGUUAGGAACUGGUAUUACUUAUGGUAAUAUGUCCACGCCGGAAGGUUUAGCAGAAGUUGCAAAGUACGCUUCCGCGGUUGGACCUGACAAGAGCUAUAUUAUUCCCCGUAAUGCAGAUAACAGUUUAGGAGAGCCAACUAAUUUUGUGAAUGACGCUCAUGCCGUCGGACUUAAAGUGCAUCCAUACACCUUCCGCGCCGAAAACACGUUUCUGCCCAAAGAAUAUCAAAGCGAUAACCCUUCGAAACAAGCCAGAGGUAAUUUGACUGGUGAACUGCAAAAGUACAUUGAGGCCGGUAUUGAUGGUCUUUUCUCUGAUCAACCUGAUAUACCCUUACGUAUGCAUAGAUCGUGUUUGUGAUAGUGACUAAUAGCAGAAACUGGAAGAUUACCUGAGAGAA